AUGGGUGAUCGAAGUAUGCUACUGGACAUGGGUUUCGCACCAGAGCGAGUCGACUGGGCACUCUAUGCCACAAAAAAUGCAGGUCUACAACCGGCUCUUGACCAUUUGGAGGCCAACCAAGAUGGCCCGGUGCCAUCGGACUACAAGUCGUCGGCGGCAACCUCGGGUUCAAGCUCCGACGGCGCUGGUCAUGAAUAUGACGAGGAGGAUGAGGCAGCUCUCGCGGAUCUCGUCUACAAAAAGGGACAACAAGCGGCUGACGAUGCCAUCAACAAUGUUGGUGAAGCAAAGUCAAUCAAAUGCACCGAGUGCGGCAAGGUUUUCAAGUCGCCCGCUUUUGCCUCGUUCCACGCAGAAAAAUCGGGCCACACCUCGUUUGAAGAAAGCACCGAAGAGAUCAAGCCGCUUACCGAAGAGGAGAAAAAGGCAAAGCUCGAAGAGCUUCGCAACAAACUUGCGCUCAAGCGGGCUGCUCAGAGCAAGAUCGAUGCAGAAGAAUCGAAAGCCAACGAGAAGAUCCGUCGCAAAGCAGGUCAGGACUUGACCGAGAUAAAAGACGAGAUGAAGCGCAAGGAGCAGAUCAAGGAAGCCGAACGAAAGCGCAAAGAGAAAGCCGAAGACGCUGCAUUUAAGGCCAAGAUCAAGGCGCAGAUUGAAGCCGACAAGCGUGAACGUGCAGCGAAAGCAGCGGCGGAGAAAGCUGCGAGGCAAGGUGGUGCCGAGCCAGUUGCAGCUAAACCCGCUGGACCGAGUGCAGCCGCGCUAGCAGCAAGUGCGGGACCACAGGCUAGCAAAAGCUCGGCCAACGAGGCGAGGCUGAGGGUCCGCGCUCCAGGAGGAAUGUGGAUGGGAACACUACCCGCUGAUUCCACGUUGGAUGACGUUGCGGAUAAGAUACGGGCAGAGGGCAAAGAUGGUGGAAGUACACAGCUCAAGUUCUCAACGACUUUCCCGAGAAAGUUCUUUGACGCCAGCGACGCAUCCAAGACCCUGCGCGAGCUUGGACUUGUGCCCAACGCUGCACUUGAGGCUUCACCACAGUAG